AAAAAACCAUUAUGAAAUAAUGUAGCUUCCAUUAGAUACCCAAUUUACAAACAGUGGUUUCAUUUCUGUAUUGUGUGAUCAAGUUAAACAGUAACAUGUACAUUUAUGCUCAUUUAUUCAACUUGCACAUUUACCUCACUAUUCUACUUACAUCAGGUGCAUCAACUCCAGAGAAACGAGAGGUAGCUGAUCACAAUCCAGACCAGGAUUUCCGUUGCGAUGAUGGACAUUACUUAGCAAGGAUAUUUGUUUGCGAUGGAAUACCAGACUGUUAUGACAACUCAGAUGAGACACGCGAUCAGUGUGGGAAUAUAUCAUGCAAUGAUCGAAAGUUUCAGUGUGGUUACGGAGCUUGCAUUAGUAAGGAAUACUUAUGCGAUGGCCUUAAACAGUGCAUCGAUGGUUCAGAUGAAACAGCACAUGCAUGUAAUAAGACUCUUAUUCGUGAAUCAAACAGAAGUAAACGAGAUGCUGGCGAUUCGUGCCCUAAGCUUCCGCCAUCUCUCAAUAAAGUCAUAACUUAUGAUUGCAACGAAACUUCAUCAAAAUCUUGUGAUGCCCAAGAAGGAUAUGUUCCUAAAUUCACUAGUGCCACAACCACGUGCAAGCCGGGUUAUUUUCUGGAAAAAAACCAUUCAUAUUCUAUUUGCCACAGAAAUAAAUGGUUGCCUCCAUUUGAGAACAGCUGUUUCAAGAAAUGCGAAAAACUGAAUCCGGUGAAUGUUGAUAUGAAAUGCAAUCGCAGAGGUAGGAAUAUUCCAUGCAACGAAGAUUCACUAUUAGCAGGGAGCAAAGUACGUCCAGUCUGCAAAGAAUUGCACACAUACGGCGAUUUUGUUCCAGAUUACAGAGAAAUUACAUGUAACGAGAAUGGAAAAUGGGAUAAGACAUUGUUCUCUUGCAUUCCUGAAUGCGGUCGACCAUACACGAACCCCGAGAAAUUAAUUAAAGGCGGACUUGAAGAACCUAUAAGUGAAUCUCCUUGGCACGUUGCAAUCUACAAUGAAAAGAAAGAACUCAUUUGCGGCGGCACGAUCAUAAGUCCAUACAUAGUUUUAUCAGCUGCACACUGUUUCGAAGACGAUGAUUACAAACCCACCACAAACACCACAAAUUAUGAAGUGGUUACCAGUAAAUUCAGCCGAAAUUAUUGCAUAAAAGAUAAUCGCAAUCAGAAAGUCUUCAAGAUAAAAGAAAUACGAUUUGCAGAAGAAGGUGAUUUCAGCAACAUAUAUUACUACCAAGCCGAUAUCGUCGCACUUAUUCUGAAAGAAAAACUCGAUAUAAGUGGGACAGUUUUUCCAGCUUGUAUCGAUUGGAUAGGCAGGUACAAUAACGCAUCCGUCUCAGGAUGGGAUAAGAUCGAAUACGAAGGGGAGUAUAGUGAAAACUUAACGACUGUCAAUGUACCAUUCAUCAGUCGGAAACGUUGCGGGAACAUCGUGCCAGAUGAUUUUAUGCCAUAUAUAACUUUCGAUAAAUUCUGUACUGGCAAAGAAGGUGGUUAUGGUGUAACGCGAGGAUAUGGCGGAGCAGGUUUUUUACUUCGAGAUGGUCCAUUUUACCAUCUUCGAGGUAUUGCUAGCGUGAAGCAAGCCUCAAACUCUUCUAUAGCAGCGUUUACAGGUUUGGCAUAUCAUAUCGAUUGGAUUCUAAGACUGCGAGAUGAAGUUAACAGUAUAAUGAGUGAACCUUCAAAAAUAAAUUCAUUGGACGAAGUUUUUCAAGAUAACUGCGGUAAAAAUGGACAGAUCUGUGUAACUCACUACAAUUGUUCCAAUGUGUCAGAUCUAAUUAAUAGUACGAUUGCUGUGCCUCGUGGGUUUCGAGACAAUGUUUUGGGAAAAAAUGUGACAAAUAUUAUCCCGGCAUUCACUCCACCUCCACCACCAGUCAUUCGUGGGCAAGACGUUAUUUCCUCAAACAUUAGUUCCAGGAACUCCACAGCAGUAGCUUUACAAAAAUGCGAAGAGUAUGGAAAAUAUAGAUACGUGGAACAAUGGAGACCUCCAAAAUUACCGGGGCACAAGGGACGUUAUUACCGGCGGCAACGUUGCGUUAGUGUGGAUAUGUUAAUGCCCGAAAGAAUCUGGGCCAGACCCAAAGAAUACCCUCAUAUGGCUAUCAUUGGAUAUGGAAAUGACUACGAAAGCGUCAUAUGGGAGUGCGGCGGCAGUUUAAUCAGUGAAAAGUUCGUCAUGAGUGCUGCACAUUGUAGCAGCACUGUAGCUGUGGGUCCGGCACGAUGGGUUUUACUGGGAGAUUUAACCCUGUCUUCGACAACAGAUGACGCCAGACCAAAAGUGUACAGAAUAGUCAAAAUUCACGACCACCCCAAUUACAAGGCACCAUCAGUCUACAAUGAUAUUUCACUUUUCGAGUUGAAUACUACUGUCGAAUUCAGCCCUUAUGUAAGACCAGCUUGUCUGUAUACUUCAACUGCUGAUUUUCCAGCUGAUACUAAAGCAAAAAUCACUGGUUGGGGUACAACCGAAAAAGUCGAACAAAAAAACGAUCGGUUAUUAAAAGCGACUAUUUAUAUAUCGGAACAUCAGAAAUGCGGAAAUAUACUUGAAGUCAAUUCAACCAGGGCCUCACGUGGUUACGAUUCAAGCAACAUGAUUUGUGCUGGAGAUACAUACAAGGGCAGGGAUACGUGUCUGGGUGACUCACAAUCAGAAGGACCAUUACAGAUUUGGAUACCCGGCCAAGUUUGCAUGUGGAAUAUCAUAGGAGUGGCAUCUGUUGGCCCCGGUAUUUGUGGUAAUAGCGAAACGCCCAGAAUUUAUACCAAAGUUUCACACUAUCUGGAUUGGAUCCAGAGUAUAAUUUGGCCUUGAUAGAGGCAAAUUCGUAAUAAGGAAUAUGACUGCUGCGAUUUAUGCAUGUUGAAGAGCUGUUUAGAAGAGAUGAAAAUUCAUACUUGAACGUUUUGUAGUGCAAUGCCGUGAUAGAAGAAUAGAUUAUAUACCUUUUUCAAUUUGAAUUUUUCAAAGACAUUGUAUGUCGUUCUGAUCAGAAGCGACAUGUCACCGUAUUAAUCGAUUGAAAAGAAUAAUCAUAUCGCAGUGGAGGUCAAAUGGUAGUGUUACUUUUUUCAAAUUUUUUACUGACACAACUGUUCAUUAAGUACUUAUUAAUUUCAUUUCACUGAAGACUGAAAGGCAUAAAAAAAGAAAUUGAAGACUGAAAGUUUAUGUUUCUUAUUUUCAUUUUCGAAGUAGAUACCUAUAUUAAAAUUUGAAAAAGGAACUUCUGUCAUUUUCAUAAUUUAAUUACAUACAUUAUUUUCUUUUCUUAAUGAACACUCGAGAGUUUGAACUUAGAGUAUUCUUAAAGCAUUGGAAAACUUUUUCGGUUUUUUUUCAAGUGAAAAUGAAAAUGGAGGCCUCUUCUACCUUUUCUGUUUUUGAUCAUUUUUUUAAAAUCCACAAUAGAAGCAUUUUUUGCUUCUAAAAUCCAAAAUUAUUCCAAAUACCUACUUCAUUUUUAUUUUCAUAUUCGAAGUAUUGGAUUAGAUGUAAAAAAAUGAUUGAAAAUGGGAACUAAAAAAAUGUCAUCAAUGUACGUUCGAUACAGAUUUUAAAAACCGGCCAAAAACAGAAAAGGUUGAAACUUGAAAGGGCAUCAUACAUAUUUUCAUUUUCAAUUGAAAAAAAAAAAUCAAAAAAGUUUUCAACGCUUUAAUAAAAUGUAUAGUACCUAUUUAUUGAAAAAAGAAAAUAUCGAAAAUAAAUGACUAAAACUUAAAAA